ACAAAAAUGGCGGACAUCGAGAAGUGGAUAAGUAUUGCGAAGGAUUGUAAAUAUCUUCCUGAAAAUGACUUAAAGAAAUUAUGUGACCUGGUGUGUGAACUGUUGCUGGAGGAAUCCAAUGUCCAACCAGUGUCCUCACCAGUGACUGUAUGUGGGGACAUUCAUGGACAGUUUUAUGACCUCAUCGAACUAUUCCGUACAGGAGGACAAGCACCAGACACAAACUAUAUAUUUAUGGGUGACUUUGUAGAUCGAGGAUACUACAGUUUAGAGACAUUCACACUUCUACUCACACUGAAAGCUCGGUGGCCAGACAAGAUUACAUUGUUACGAGGAAAUCAUGAAAGUAGACAAAUAACACAGAUCUAUGGAUUUUAUGAUGAAUGCCAAACUAAAUAUGGAAAUGCGAAUGCCUGGCGGUACUGUUGUAAAGUGUUUGAUUUGCUGACCGUAUCUGCAAUUAUUGAUGAGUGUAUUCUGUGUGUCCACGGUGGUCUGUCCCCAGACAUCAAAACCAUCGACCAGAUCAGAACCAUAGAAAGAAACCAGGAAAUUCCUCACAAAGGCGCCUUCUGUCAUCUUGUCUGGUCUGAUCCUGAGGAUGUAGAGACAUGGGCGAUUAGUCCCAGGGGAGCUGGGUGGCUGUUUGGGUCAAAGGUCACCAAUGAAUUUGUACACAUAAACAACUUGAAGUUGAUAUGCAGAGCACAUCAGUUAGUCCAUGAAGGUUACAAGUACAUGUUUGAUGAGAAGCUGGUGACUGUGUGGUCAGCUCCUAACUACUGCUACAGGUGUGGAAACAUUGCAGCAGUCCUUUCCUUCAAUGAUGCUGAUCAACGAGAGGCUAAACUCUUCAGAGCGGUACCUGACAGUGAACGUGUAAUACCGUCUCGCACAACGACACCUUACUUCUUAUAGACACACACAACCAUGUAUAGUGCUGCGACGAAUUUAUACCGGAUAACCCAAAUGAUUCUACAUUCAAGUCACUGUUCUUGAAUGUCUUAGAAGCAAUUUGGAAGCAGACUUUAGUCUGAAAAUCUUUUGUGAAGAUGAUAUGGACCAACUAGACAGAGUAAUUCUGAGUAAUUGGUGGGAAACCUUGGUGAUUACACAAAUUGAGAAGUUGUUUAUCUUGGAAAUGAUCAAAACAGAGUAACCUUUAGGUACCUUGGUAACACCACAAACUGUGAUACUGAAGGCAAUGCUAAUUGAUUUUUUGUUGUUUUUUUUUUGGUGUGGGUUGGGGAGAAGAAACAGUAUCAGAUUCUCGUAUACCUAUCUUUAGAUUUUCAAAUGAUAUUACUUUGUAUGAGAAACGGACAAAGGAACUAGAAGGGUAUUCUUUUUGAGAAAAGCCGGAUGUGUUUGUAUUGUGAGUGAUCAUAUAUAAUAAACUAUUCUAAGUGCGAUGAAAUUCAAAACGUGGAAUUGAUUUAGAAACCACUGUGCAAAAGUUAAUGACUUCGAUAGCUGUUUUGAUGGAAAGAAGGAUUUUCUUUGCAGGUUCAUCCUUUAACAUGUCUACUUUAAAGGUUCGACCUCCUCAGUUCAUGAAAUAGGAUCAACAGUAUAAUCUUAUAAAACAAAGACUGUCCGCUGUGAAGUGUUGAGUCUGAAAAAUAUGAUACUCCAGUACAUUAAUGACAGUGUUGUCUUCAAACUUAUAAUCAUACAUUUAUAGGUGUGGUAUAACUUGGUUUGUAAGACCUUCAUUUUUUACAGAAGUUACCACUAUUAUACAUUUAAUGGUAGAUAGUGAAAUAGAAGGCCACUGCAAAAGGUUGUAGUUGCAUUGAAUGACAGAUACCUAAUGAAAUUAGCAACAAAAAUUGUGUUUUUAAGUCUUCAAUUUCAAGAAAAGUAUUUUUAACUAGAAAACAUUGAAAGAAUAUUGUGAUUUGAGGUGGUAUGAAUGGUUGAAUAUGUGGUAAUGUGUGAUCAAUAUUCCAAGGUUUACGGUAUUUGUGUUCAGUAAGUAUGUAGACUACACAAAUGUAAAGAUGUACAGAUUUGAUACUCGUAUUAAUGUACAUAAUGUAUAGGUAAAUAAAUGGUAAUUAUUUUA